GGGCCUUUGCCGAGAUACGCAUGGCGGCGAUGGCUUCAAUCCCAAUUCCCGGUGCCAGUAAUUCAGUCAGCAUCCCGACUGGGUUGGGAUCAAGACCCCGUGGUUGUCCGAUUGUCUCCCGGUUAUCCUUAUCUCUCUGCGGCAAUUGGUUGAUCUUUGUUUCCGUCGCCAUCAUGCUGCGUGUAUAAAAGUUCGAGUCUUCAGCCGAGUCACCUCCCGAUUCUGCUUGACAGCUUCUAUUACACAGAGCCGAGUCCCGGAACCAAUACGAUGCUUCGAUCAACCGUAUUUCUGACGUUAGGUCUCCUGGGCUUGUCCCGGGCACACUUUGUGAUUCACAACGAUGACCAGGACAUGUCGGGUCUCACGGUCAACUCGAUCCCCGCCGAAAAGAGAGUCGAAUACAUGCGAAAGACAAACGAGGCGCUGUUCCGGCAAAGCGGGCCCUGCCCCUUCGCCGCGUUCGGUGCCAUCAUCGUGAACCAUACCAGUGACGAAGUCGUCUGUGAAGGAGCCAACUUCAGAACCGGAGAUCCAACAAUUCACGGAGAGAUUUCAGCCAUCAACGCCUGCACGGCCAGGUUUGCCGAGCAGGGCAUGACACCUACUGACAUCUUCGCCGCGUGGGGAGACCUUUCCAUCUACACGAACGCCGAGUCGUGCCCGAUGGUACUGCUCUCACCCGCUAAUAGCACAUGGGACCUGACAGCUGACAUAUCACCCCAGUGCGCGAGUGCCAUUCGAUGGGCAGGUUUCAAAGAAUACGUCUACGGAACCACGAUCCAGCACAACUACAACGUCGGCUGGGGCGUGAUGACCCUCAGCAGCUACGACGUCUUCCAGCAGUCUCGUCAGCUUCCCGGCCACCAGACUGUCAUGAUCGGGCAGAUCCUGGCCAACGAAACAGACCCCCUGUUUUCGUGGCAAUACAACGCCAGCGCGCCUUGCCCGAACGAAUGUUUCCGAGUUCCCAGUGCAGCGAGGGGCGGGUCCACGUGCUCUAACGUCACCGUGUCCCGGAGGGACUAUGAAGGCCUAUGAGACUUUGAUGGGCAGACAAUGUAGUCACGAUAGCUUGCUCGAGCUAAAAAUGCUGUAAGGGCAUUAGAAAAAGCAAAAGUCAAAUCCAAAUUCAACUCCC